AUGUCAUUACCACGUAUGUGUGCCCUGCCGAGCAGUAGUGAAGUUGAGAAAGAGAAGCAACGUUUAUCGACAGUUAUGUUUCCGGGUUUACAGUAUAUGUCGUUUCCGACUGUUACAUCACCGGGAAGUUCGGUAUUUCCGCCAAAUUUGGCUCAGAUUCCGCUGUUCAACCAACAGUGGUCUUACUGGAGUGCUUUACAGCAGCAACUGUUACAAACUUUACAGCAUCAGUCACCACAGUCUCGUUCUGGUUAG